AUUCCUCUGAGCCUUGUUAUUGUCUUGCGUCGCGGCAACCCGUCCAGCCUUCCGCUAACUGUGCAGUUUCUUCUUCGGCGUUGUAUAAAGCCAUGUUCUGAAAACUGCCGUUUGCCUCUUCCUGACCGCAUAUUCAAGUCCCCGCAUACCGCUCUUCGCUUCCCUACCCGCAGCAAUCAUGGCUUCGAAUGGCGCAGCCUCGGGUAUUGAUAUCUCGCUACCUGGAAACCCGGGGAAUGGAAAUGCACCAUGGGCCCCUGGAACAGGAGACAGGCAGCCCCCAAACGGAGCUCCCGCCACUCAGCCAAGGAACCCAAACACCAUCUCUCCAGACUUCUACCCCCACGGCAAGCGCUCACUAUCAGGCAUUGCCGUGCGUGCCUUUUGCUUAGGUUGUGCCCUUGUGCUUGGCCUUGCUGGAGCUGCACUUCUCGCAUACCACGGCAGCCAUCUAUGGCGACCUUGCCUGUUCCUUAGCACGCUUGCUCUCUUCCACUUCCUCGAGUUUUAUACAACAGCCGCAUACAACACCCCAGUUGCCAAAGUUGCAUCCUUUCUUCUCAGCAACGGUGACCAGUACCGUAUAGCUCAUACCAUGGCCUUUAUCGAGACAUUUGUCACAUCGUAUUUUUUCCCCGGCUACCAAUCCUACAUCCACCCACCAUGGGCCAUCGCAAUCGGUGUCAUCCUGAUUGCACUUGGGCAGACUGUCCGCAGCAUUGCAAUGAUACAAGCUGGCACUAAUUUCAACCACAUGGUACAGUCAAGCAAGAACGAUGGCCAUGAACUGGUGACACAUGGGUUGUAUCACUACUUCCGACACCCCUCGUAUUUUGGCUUCUUUUGGUGGGGCAUCGGCACGCAGAUCAUGCUCGGAAAUGCUUUUUGCUUCCUGGCAUAUACUGCUGUUCUCUGGUCAUUUUUCAAGAGACGCAUCUUCCAUGAAGAAAAGCAUCUGCUAGAAUUCUUUGGCAAUGAUUAUAGGGAAUACAAGGCCCGGACGCGUGUCUGGAUACCUUUUAUAUGA